UUUGCGCCCCGGGAGCUUGCGCGCGUCGCGGCCCCCCGGCCUGGUCGCUCGGUGCCAGCGAGGGAGGCGGCCGCGCGUGCUUGAGGCAGCCGCCCGCGAGCACUCGGUCUGGAGGCCCGCGAGCGGGGUGGCGCGGGCUGGGGCCGGGGCAGCCGCCUCCUGAAGAUGCAGGAUGGCAGCAGAGCCGCCGUCCAGCCUCUCCUACCGCACCACGGGCUCCACCUGCCUGCACCCGCUCAGCGAGCUCCUGGGCAUCCCGCUGGACCAGGUGAAUUUUGUGGCAUGCCAGGUCUUUGCUCUGUUUGCUGCAUUGUGGUUUCGCAUCUACUUAAGUCCUGGUAAAACCAGUCCCAAUGUCCGGCACGCAUUUGUCACCAUUUUUGGCAUCUAUUUUGUCAUCUUUUGUUUUGGCUGGUACUCCAUACACCUUUUUGUGCUGGUGUUAAUGUGCUACGGGAUCAUGGUCACCGCAAACGUAUCCAGUAUUCACAGAUACUCCUUUUUUGUAGCAAUGGGAUACCUUACAAUAUGCCACAUCAGCCGCAUAUACAUCUUCCACUAUGGAAUCCUCACUACAGAUUUCUCUGGAGGAAAUGACCCUGGAGGUAGCAGACAGGGCUUAUGGAAGAAAGAUGCUGUCACUCAGCAGAUCCAUGCUCCAAAGAAGGGCUUUGGGGCUGAAUCAAAAGGUUCAUUCAUGCAUCACUCAGCAGAUGCUGACCGAGAUCCCCGAACCCGCUAG